GUAGCAGAGCGGACGCGUACGCUACGACGGUCGAGGUUCACGCCUGAAAAUCUGAAACUACGUGUAAUAUUAAUUCUUAUAGUUGUGUAAAUAAAAUGUGUCGUGGUUAGUGAGAUUUGUUGUGAUUAUAAUCUCAGAAGUUAUUCGUAAAUGCCUUUGACAGUUGUGAUAAUAAAAAUGUGGCAUAGAUGAUAAUUGGUGAUCAAAAUGGCGAUGGUGAUAUCUCAGACUACUAAGGCGGCAAUUGGAGGAUUUUUAGCUUUGAUGAUAUUGGGAGCUGUACUUGUUGUGGGGGCAGCCUUUGGAUGGUUCGAUCCAAAGAGGGAGGACGAGGACACGCCAGCGAAAAUCAGCGCGCGGCUUCAAGGGCGAACUUCAUAUGUUACGCAUCGAGCUGUGAAUCCAGAUGAAAACCGAUUACCCAUCGUUUCCCACUCUUCACCAUUUGUUCACAAAGGACAGAAAGGCGAUAGAUUAGCUGAGGACGGAGAUUUGGGACCUUCCGGAGCGGGAAAACCGGAACGGCCUAAUACCAAUAUAUCAUCUCAAUGCAAAUGCAGCAUCAACGACAUAUCCGUAAUGCUGACGAACAUACCAAGCAUGCGUGGCCCUCCAGGACCUCAGGGUCCAACUGGGGCAGAUGGUACUACCGGGGCACCUGGAAAAACGGGCCAAAUGGGAGAACAAGGACCACCUGGUCCAGCAGGACCAAAAGGUGACAGAGGAGAUAGAGGUGAAUCCGGUAUGCCAGGGGUUGAAGGGCAACAAGGUGCAAAGGGGGAGCCUGGAUCUGAUGGUACUCCUGGUCUUCAGGGCCCAUCUGGCCCUCCUGGGCCUCCUGGAUCGAUCACUCCAACGCUAAUGGAAUCAACGGGGUUGUACGGGGCUGAUAGGAUCCUUGGCCCUCCGGGGGACAGAGGUCCGAUGGGUCUCGCAGGUCCGCCCGGCGAAAGAGGAUAUACCGGCAAUAAAGGGGAGAAAGGAUUACACGGAUCCAAAGGGGACAAAGGGGAAAGGGGUUAUACGGGCGCGCGAGGCCCACACGGCGCGAAGGGCGAACGCGGCCAACCCAGUAAAGACGGGCUGCCGGGUCUCCCAGGCUCCCACGGCCGGCCGGCGGAAAAAGGCGAGAAAGGUGUUCGAGGCCUACCUGGGCCACCAGGGCCUUCUUUGACAGCGGUUUCUGAAAAUUCUGUUCUAGGAGAUCUUGCGAGAACAGGACCACGAGACAUCGCCAAACUCAAGGGCGAUAAGGGAGAACGAGGCGAAAAGGGCGAAAAAGGAAUGCGUGGUAUUGAAGGUCCACAAGGAUUUCCGGGUAACGAUGGAAAGGCGGGGGACCGCGGAGAUAUUGGUCCCUCAGGACUCCCUGGGACGCAAGGUGCUUCAGGGUUAACUGGGCCCAAAGGUGAUAAAGGAGAUUCUGGCCCCCCGGGUCCUGUUGCCAUAUCUAGAGAAGAAGCUGUCAUUAUGACGAAGGGUGAUAAAGGUGAACCGGGACCUAGGGGAAAAAGAGGUCAUCCUGGAGCUCCUGGACCAAGAGGGGCGCCAGGUCUACCUGGUCCCCCUGGCAUUCCUGGUACUAAUGGAGUAUCUGGGGACAUUGGACUGCCUGGGUGGACUGGUCCACCUGGGAUUGCCGGCCCUUCGGGCACUCAGGGUCCAAAAGGCGAAAAGGGGGACCCGGGAAUUGCUUUAGCGGACCUUGAAAAGUUAAAAGGUGAUAAGGGUGAACGUGGUAUAGAUGGAACACCAGGUGCAGCUGGGAAGGAUGGGCCCAGAGGUCCACCUGGACCUCCAGGUACUUCUUCAAACGUUCAGUACAUCCCUGUACCAGGUCCACCCGGGCCCCCGGGACCGCCAGGAACAAGUAACACGAACGAACUUCCAUUGGACACUUUGACAGAUAGCCCGGGAAUUAAUCGUCUUGAAACAACGGCAGGAAAACCACGUGACGCUCUGCAAAUACUUCGAAAUUUAAAUAAUUUGAUGCAGUAUCGACAAGGAGCAUACCAUUUCGCGGAACCUUUAGAUUCCCUUAGUGAAAGUGGUGAUUAUGACGACGAAGAGGAUGGAAGGACCAUAAUUGGAACUGUCUUAUUCAAAACCACGGAUUCAUUAUUACGGUUGGGUGCAAAGAACCCCCGUGGUACUCUGGCAUAUGUCAUUCAAGAGCAAGCACUGCUUAUUCGCGUAAACAAUGGAUGGCAAUAUGUUUCAAUGGGGUCCCUGUUGGCUGUACACAACUCACCUGGCAACGGGCCCACUCGAACGCCGCUACAGAAUAUUCUAGAAACUUCUAGUUUAGUGCAUCACAAGAGUCCCGUGGGAGAAGGCCCAGUGCUUCGUCUAGCUGCGUUGAAUGAACCUCACACGGGUGACAUGCACGGAGUAAGCAGCACCAAUUACGAGUGCCACAGACAAGCACAGAGAGCCGGCCUCGAUGGCACUUUCCGUGCUUUCAUCUCUUCAAGGGUACAAAACAUAGAUUCAAUAGUGAGUUGGGUUGAUCGUGAAAUACCAGUUGUGAAUAUACGCGGCGACGUGCUGUUCAACUCUUGGGGAGAGAUGUUCGACGGUUCCGGUGCAUUAUUUGCUCAUGCACCGCGAAUUUACAGUUUUAGCGGGAAAAAUGUGUUGACUGACCCUGGCUGGACACAAAAAGCAGUAUGGCACGGCGCAAGUCCGAACGGUGAACCAGCGAUGGAUGCCUACUGUGACGCAUGGCACAGUAGCAACCCAGAGAAGUUCGGCCUUGCCUCCUCACUGCGCUCCAAUAAAUUGCUAGAUCAAGAGACAUAUUCGUGUAGCUCAAGGCUGAUCGUAUUAUGUAUUGAAGCCACGCCCGUUGACACAGCCAGAAGAAAAAAACGAUCCAAGUAUCGCACAGACAAAUUGCAUUUUCUGAAAGACAUCGAACAACGGAACGAAACUAGAAUUAUAUAGAUGUUGAAUUUUUAUUUAUUACAUUGUUGUGUUUAAGGAAAGAUAUUCUUAAAUAACAAACCUUUAGUCUUUGAUAGUGGAUUUGUGGGACUGUAAGAUUCUAUUUUUAUUUAAAAAAUCAAAUAAAUAUUGUCUAUGUCUCUUAUUAGAACAUGAUAUAGAGAAAACCUUUCAUUGGUCACAUGUUUGUUUGAAUAGGUUCCAAAACUUGAAAAAUAAUCUAUAGUUAGUCCCUAUAAAAUCUUUGAAAAUGUGAUCCAAGAUAUAAAAUGAAUAAAAAUCAUAAGCUGUCAUGCACAUUUUUGGCUAUGAAAUCUUCAGUGAAAAUAGAAGGUUCUUAAUCAUAAUCUGUAAUUCACAAAUUUAUUGAGAGUUAUCCAGUUAACUUACUGUGUUUUUUUAAUGUAUUGAUAUUGCACAAUCGACAUGUUAGUAACAACUUAUGUAUAACAAAACACGUGUUACUAUAUAAUGUUGUAGUUUAAUGGAUAUUUCAUUCAAAAUGCGAGCAUUCUUGUGAUCUAAAGAAAAACAUGGGGAAGAAUCCUACUUAAAAUCAGACGUGCAGAAACGGCGGACAUGAACUUGACGGAAAUGAACACUUAUAAGUUUUCAUCACAACUCUAAGUAAUAAUUAUGUUUCGUAUUAUCUUUACAAAAAAUGAGUUUUUAUGUUUUCAUAGCUAAUUUUUGUAACUUUUAUGUUAUAGUUAUAUUAUAAGAUUUGGUGAUUAAUCUUUCUUUAAUCACAACAGUGAGUAUUUGUGAAGACUGUAAAUAUUUUAUAUUGUAGGACUUAUCAGCAAAUCCGGUGGAGCAUAUCGACAAUACGAAUCGCUCUUUAAUUUAUUAACACUGCCUCCGACUACAGAAAUUUUAAUUUAUUUCAGCUGUUAAUGUAAGUAAUGAUAAAAAAAAUCAAUUAAAAUUUAGAAGUAUUUCUUUGAUCUAAGAUAAUUAAGCUUCAUUUGUGCCAAAUUCAUUUACAGUUCAAAUCCUAAUUUGUAACCGGAAAACUAUAAGUAGUCUUAUAUAGAAUUUUGAAUAUAAUAUCGUAUUUAUCUUUUCCUGAUUUCUU